GCCGGGACAAGUUGUUUUUCGUUCUCCUGCGGAACAAUCAUUUCGUUCAGUUCUUCUUGUUUUGUUGUGAGUUAUUUUCACGAAAACGGUCACGGAAACGGAUCUUCCAUUCAUCCGAGUCUCAAUAGCAUAUAUGAACGUGAUAGUUGUCUUGUCAUUGUCAAUUCAACUCAAUGCUCAGAAAGAGUGUGACACUUUGUCGAAACCAAUUCAAUUGUCCUCCUUUGCCUUAGUUGUUUUUUCGAAUACUCGUGUAUGGAGGUUUUCCGAAUUGAUUGUGCGAUUGAAAUGAUAAUAUUAUAGAAUCCUCUGUUUCUGUCACCUGAAGUGAACCUGAAGUGAGUGCCUCUUGGUAAUUGUUUUGUCCAAAUCAAUGUCAAAAACGGUUUCCGUCUCAGACCCAGUUAAAUCGCUAGACUGAUAACAGCCAAUUCAGAAAAUAUAUAUAUAAUUGAGAGAAAUACAAAAUUCAAAAAAUAAAAGAGCUAAAAGCUAUUUUGAAAAUACCUAAUAAAUAAUUCCGAUUUUUUAUUCGAUAGUGCUUGAUGGGAAAAAGAAUGAGUGUGAUGUUCAUGUUGAAAACGGUCUCUCGUUAUUAUUGAGAUAUUCUCGGAAAGCGUCUCAUGAUUGUGGUGUCUGAAGAAAAAUUAAAGCAAAUUUAUAAAAUUUUAAUGUGAUUUUUGAAAAGUUGAAAAAAGAAAAAGAAAAUUAAAUAAAAAUAUAAUAUAAAAUAUACUUAAAUAUAUGUGUGAGCAUAUUCAAAUUUGAAUGUAGGAAGUGUGUGUGGUGGGGGAAAUUUAUAAUUUAUGUGUCAAGCGAAGAUUUUGAAUCUUGUUCAAGGCAUAAAAAUAGAAAUCUGAGGCUGGGAAAGAACAAAAUACAAACAAAAAAUAUAUUGUCACCGCACCGCUCCGUGUCGAAACUUAUAGCACCAAUCAACUCUUCCCGUUUCCAAGGAUUAUUUCAGCUGCUGGUGGAGAGACGCGGUAAUUUCGUGCAACGGUUGCUUCAUCAUCGGAUGCCCGAAAGACACUUUGAUGAAUUCACAUAGCAUACAUCAGCACGAAUCGAAGAACAAGACGACGAAGACGACAGACAUAAUAGCAUGGUCAACAUUCGUGGUGGUGUUUGCCUUUUACACAAAAGUUCCACCCCGUCAACAUAAUAGAUAGAUAGAAGCUUUAAUUACGUAUACGCCCGAGUGUUUUUUUGGGCCCCCUGACAAAACAAAAUAAACGAAACAACAUGCUCAGCUAUGCAGCUUGCAUACAGUUUGCAGCUUGAAUUCAAAGAACGGACGACGGUCAGCCGGAUGACACUUUCUAUACUGGUCGGUCGCAAGUGAUUCGAAUUGAAUUUGAAUUUGAAUUUGUUGACGCAAAGUGUAGUUAUUUUUUACCGUCAUUCUUUUGUGUUGAUCUGAAAUUAAAAAAAAAAUAGUGAGAAAAUAAUUAAUCAUAUUUGUAAAUUAAUGUCACCGUAAAUAACCAAUAACAACAAAAAAUCUAUAAAAAGUGUGAAACUUCGGGCUGAAAAUAAAAAAGUUCAUUAUUAAAAACGAUAAUAAUUCUAAAUCAAAGUGCCACCGAUAGUUCUUUUUUUUCUAAACCCUCCCAAAAAAAAUCCGACCAAACUUAGUGAAAUAAGUUUUUUUGCAACCCCCAAAAAAUUUUAUAAAUAAACCCUCAUUUUUAAAAAGUGCAAACAAAAAACCAUUUCAAGCGGAUACAUCCAACAUUGGAAGGACUAUAAAGUAUUUUUCUCCUGGACUACUGCAGCUCGCUCCUAUUUGUUAUUUAAAAGGUCACAAAACACUCAACGCUCAGUGUGGCUUGCUUUUGGGAUGAUUUCAAUUUUAGCAUUUGCAUAAAUCAUAUUAUAAAUACCUUCAUACGUAUCUAUGCGUUCUGAACAAAAUUUCAACAUGAUGUCAGUAUAUUUCUGACCCUCAGAACACAAACGGAGAUCUAUCAAGAUUGUGAUAUUUUACAAUAAAGUACGUGUAAGAACUCAUAAAAAAAGACAAAAUAUUAAGUUAAAUUAAUUUAAUUUAAAUUAUUUACAAACGUUUAUUUUAAUCAACAAACAAAACAAAAAACGCUCUUACAUAAAAAUAAGUUUUAUUUAAAUUUUACGUUUAAUUUAUUUACGUUUCUAGUAAAUUAAUUCAAACUUAGUUCAUGUAAGCGCAAAAACAAACAAAAAACAAAAAGACAUUUUGAAUAUAUGAAUGUUGUUGUUUUUAAGCUACGAUCUACAAACUCCAUAUACGUACUACAUAUUUAAUUAAAUAUAAUAUUAAAAACUGAAAUUGACAUAAGUACUCUUUCAAUAAGAACAAAACAAGGCUGCAGUCAAAAGUCGCCAUGUCACAUGGAGGCCAGGAAUGUAUGUAAUAUUUCCAGCUGAUGAACUUAUUUUAAUGACAUACGGUCCAGCAUUGCCAAGAAUUAAACCGCGACCAACCUUGGACUGCCUCCACGAUCCUCUUGUAUUAAACUACGGCAGAACCUUGUCCCCCAACGAUAUUCCCCCACAACAACAAAAACAGCAGCAGACGUUAUCUUCUUCGAAGCAAGCGAAUUCUGUGCCGCUGCACAAACCCCCACCGUCGCCGCGAAGCACGAAACAGCAGCCACUCAUGCACACCUCUGCACACGAUGAGUCAUCGCGAACCCGUCCCUCAUCCAGUCGAUACCAACCAAAUGACUCCAGCUCAGCCGUUGAACCAUAUGGCCUAAGCGAUCCCCCCGAAACCCCCGUCGAUGAACCAUACCUUGAUGACUAUGGAAUUUCCCGCGAACGCAGCCCCAGUAUUUAUUUGGAGCCCCCCAGUCCUGAUUUGUCGGCCAGUCGUCCGACAACACCGUCUUCAAAGCCUAAGUCCUCACAGACAAAAAGCAAACUCCGUCCGAAACUCAACAUUUCCCUGGGUCGUUUAGGUCGACAGCAGCGUGAAAUAAACGAGUCGGCGAGAUUGCGUGAAGAUCUCCAUUUACACGUCGAAAAUCCCACUUUCACCCGCGAAAACCUUAGCCAGAGAAACUUCGAUGCUUUCUUUGAGUCCGGUGAACCAGUUUAUAAGCUGCACCCUAAACCGGCAUCAUCUACCAAUCUUACGGUUGAUUCCCUUUCCCCUUCGGCGAGCUUUGAAGGAGCUAGUGGUGGAUUUGAUUCAAUGGGAUCGCCAAAGGCUGGUGGUUCUUCGGGUGGUUUUGGACGUUCCAAAGAGCCCCUGAGUUCACGGUCUAAAAGCGCCGACUAUGAUAGUGAGAAAAAGACGACUGGUGUGCCCCAGAAAGGUUUCUUGGGAAAAUCUUCAGGUGGGCAAAAAGGACGUAGCUUCUUUGGGUGGAGGGGACCACGUGGUGGUUCCCUUAGCCCCCAGGCCAGUAUGGCUUCCUAUAAUGGGGUGCUAAAGGAUUACGGACAUCCUAAUAUGACUGAGGCUUUUAAAUCCCAAAAUAAUGUUACCUUUAAAUUGAUAAAAACAGUAUCUGAUUUCAACGAAACCCUUUCCCAUUUAUAUGAAGAGCAUGCAACCGCACUUCAAACGUUGGUUACCAACUACAGAAAGAAAAAUGGAGAGCUAAGAAAAGAAAGACCUGCGUGCCAUUCGAGCAUAUUCCAAGCAUGGGAACAAUUCCUUCAAGAAGUUGAAAGCGAUGUACAAGCAUCAAAUGAUGUGGCCAGUGUGCUCUCCAGACAGGUGUCAAGGCCAAUGCUCGAUAAAUCCUUUCAUCGUAAAGUUCAAAGUAGGAAAAUAUUCACCCACAGGGAGUCUUUUGAAACCAUUAUUGCAAAGACUGAAGAGAAGUUAUCAAAGUGUCGCCAGGAUUACAAGCAAUGCUAUGUGGCGCAUCGACAAAGUCCAACUCAGUUGUCCUUAACUGAAUACAUCGAUGCUCACAAUGCAUACGUUCAACAACUGCAUGCUACAAAUGCCAUGCUCGAGACGUAUCAUUGCGAGACUGUUCCACAAUUGAUGCAGGAGUUGGAGGAGAUACACAAUGACCUUAGCAGUAUUAUUGCCGAGUCCAUUCUGCAGGGUGCAGAUGUAAUUGCAAACAAGGCAUCAGAGCAAUCAAAACGUUACUCAAGCCUAACACAACAAUGCAAUGUUGUUGCACCACAACAGGACCUUGCAAACUUUGUUCGUAUACUACCGUCACCAGCGAAUGCACAAAAAGUUCCUAAACGACCAUUCGCUCCACCUCAACCUCCAGGCGAGGUAGAAGACGUUAACGAGUAUAAUGACAUAACACCAGUACUAAGAAAUGAACUUGUUUUCGAGCGUUACUCUUCCCUGCAAUUGCGUCCAGCUUUGGAUUCGCUUAAACGAGAAGCCACCGACUUAGAAAUGCAAAUAAGGCAGCUACAGGAUUCUGUUGACUCACUGAGUCGCACUCAGUUGAGAGGUAUUGAAGGCCAACUUUAUAAUAAAGUUAAUGAACUGCAGGAAGACCUUUCGAUGAAAAAGUUCGAUUUGAGAGCAAAACAAAUUCACUUUGCGGCUGUAAGAGCACAGAAAGAUUUAUUCCUGAGCAAACUAGAUCCGGGGUCACCACGAGGGGAGCGUAAACUUUCUGCUGCAAGUGCGUCUUCGAUGAAAACAAAGUGGCUGAAAGCAUUUAGAAGCCUAAAGCCGGCUUCUGGUUCCGCAGCACAGCCAGAUAGGCGAAAUGGUGCCACAGGAAGUGCACCCUCUCAACCACUACGACCCAACGAAGACGGAAGCCAUCACCUGCAAGAGUAUACGUACAAGAAAAUCACCGCAUGCGACGUCUGUUCACAGAUACUUCGAGGACAUACAAGACAGGGCUUGCGGUGCAGGAUAUGCAAGUUGAACACACAUGGAGAUUGUGCACCUCAAUUACCACGAUGCCAAGCUAAGCAGAAACUCCUAAGACGCCAGAAGAGCACUUCAGAGCUGGAGAAUCGUGUUGAUGUCGAGGAAGAAAAAAUCACGGACAUCGAUCAAAUCUAUCGAGUCCUUAAGCAAGCCGGGGAUGCUGGUAAAUCCAAUGCAGAAAAAUCAUCCGUCCAGCUUAAGCCCAUUGGGGCAUUGGAUCCAAGUAUAGCCCAGCAGCUUCAAUCCCAACAUGAGAUACCAAUUGUCAAUGUUCCCGAAUGUCCCGAGAGGUCGACACUGCCUGUACCAUCAUUAUCUGGGAGUCGCCGAGGAGGCACCUCGCAGCAUCGGCAAUCGGCAACGGCACCGAGUGCUCCUUGCGGAUCGAGGGGUCUCGCGGCUCCAACACAAGAUAUCUCUAGUUCUUCAGCUCCCCAUUCACCACGACGCCAAAAACUUAAUCUUCGCAUGAAAUCACUAAGCUUGGACUCACCCGAGUCCUCAGAGUUGCAUGGCCAGAUGCGUCGCAGGCAACCAGUAGCAGGAGCAUCAUCGUACUACCAUGGCGGAUCCGGAGGUCAAUUGGAACACAGUACACCGCCAUCAAACAACAGUCGAUUGCAUUCGCCAUCUAGUCCUUCGCAUCAGCGAAAGCUUUUGUAUGCAAAUCGGGGGAUGAGAACUGGGUCUGUGGAUCUGCCAGAUGACAUGGAGAAGUCAUUGUCUUCAGCUAGCACUUCACCGUGUCCAUCACCCAAGUCUCACCGAUUGUUGCCAACAAACCUGUACGUAAUUCUUUACAAUUUUAAAGCAAGACACGCGGACGAACUGGACUUAAAAGCAGGAUAUAAGGUAACCGUUAUCGAGACCUCUGACCCUGAUUGGUGGAAAGGGAAGCUGCUAGGACGUGUGGGAUUUUUCCCCUCGAAGUAUUGCGCCCGCUUAAAUGCUGGCGAAAAGCCUCUGCAGGUCACACACAACCUGCAAGUGUCAGAUGGGGAACGUGGUGAAAAUAUGACUUUACUAAGGGAUCAAAUUGUAAUUCAGACUGGUGAUGAAGUCAAUGGCAUGGUUAUGGUCCGUUCCGCUGACAAUCGCCAAGGCUACUGUCCAAUAAAAUACUUACAGGAGGUGUGACAGCCAGAAGAGCCGCCAGCGGUUUACGAUCGUGAUCGUGAUAAACCGAAAUCAUCUCUAUCAUCGAAAUUGCUCGAUAAGACCAAACGUAGGAUAAGAAUAGUUGUCACCGAUAGCGGUGGCAGUACCACUAGCUAUAAUCAUACCAAUACCAAUGGUAAAACUAAUAAUAAUAAUAUUAACAAUAGUAGUAGUAGCCGUAAUAACUUUAGUCAAGAGUAUAGUUUAAAUAACAGUAGUCUAAGUAAUAGCAAUAAGUGCAAAAAUGAUAAGAACUGGGAAAACUGGGAACGAAUUAGGGAACAAAAGCUAGAACGAAUGAAAAGUAUUUGUUUCGAAAGUUAUCGCCAAUCGAAGAAAGAAAAGCUACUCAAUGCUAAGCCCAAGCCGAAGUCACUUGAUCCGUCCUGGUAUACCGAUAACAUUUAUUCGAACAGAUCAGAGGAUCUGGAUGAUGACUAUGUUCCGGAUUGUCUGAAGUACGGAAUGUAUCGAAAGCUGAGAAAUAUUCGCGAGCUAGAUGAGUCAUAUGAUAGUCAAGAUGGUGGAGCUGGCCAUAGUCUGCAGCGAUCUUCUAGUUGCAAGGAAUUUAAGUACCCAAAGUCGAAGAGUUGCUGUUUUGGAGGCUAUGACCAGUCGACUGUUACAGCUCCAGCGGUUCCGAAAUCAUUUUCUUUCAGUGCAGGAACUUCGAAGACUAUGCCUUUUGAUGUGAUUGACUACGAGCCGCCUCCGCCAACGCGGAAGGACAAGAAAGCUAUGCGCAAAUCUAUGGACUACCAUUGUGCCGAUUCCCACACUCGCUGCUGCGCCAGGGAUAGGUGCACGAGUUCUAAGUGCCUGUUGGAAGAAAUCUACAACUACAAUCGCCGGACUGUUCGGGAUCGUCGUAAUAUCGAUCGAGGGCCGAGCACCAGCAGGCGCAACUUGAUCGCGGAAUGGGAAGAACGGAAUCGUAGACCUUCAAUCCGUUACCCAACUUGCGAUGAAUUUUGUCAUCACCAUCAACAAGCACGGCAUAGACCCUGUUAUGGUUCGGCUCCAGGAUAUGCUGAGCAUUUUGAAGAUCACUACCAUUGCAGGGCAGAUCCCUAUGACACUGACUUAGAUCACUUUAUCCGUGAUGAACGGGAGCGCUUGAUGUGUCAAGAUAAGUUCCUCGACGAAGAUGAGCACUUUCUGUCGCACGACUACCGACCCAUACGAAACAAGUCAAUGCUUGAAGUGAAGCCUCCCAGCCGCUAUGAUGAUGACACUUGUUCAGACUCCACCGAAAUGGACCUGGAAGACUUCAACAUUGACCUAGAAAAGUACUGGGAAGAGCUUGAAAAGCCCCCAAGUCCCAUCGACCUUGAUAUGCAACAACGCAACAUGAAUAGCAAUUUGAAAGUGAAGAACGUCAAUGUUGGUUGCUACAAUAAUGGUGCUCCCAUAGAUUCUCAUGAUCGUGAACAAGAACGUAUGAUGAUCAAAAAGAACCUUCUAGAUGGAAUGCCUUCUCCACCGCAACAAAACAAUAGUGAGUUUCAUUUUUUUGAACAUGCUGGCUCGCCCCUUCAUCGUUUUUCCCAAAAAAUCUAUCCCGAAUCUAUCCCAACUUAUAAGUACAACAACUUCUAUCCAGAACACAGUUCCGGUGGCCAUCACCAUGCCAAUGGCGGCCAUAGUGCACUGAGCCUUAUCAACAAUAUCUUCUCGAUAUAUAAACCAAACAAGUAUUCACCACUUAACUGCCAACUUAAUGAGACCAAGCCCGAGCCUUGCAAAAAAAUGAAUGUCCCCAGUACUAGACGCCCAUUGGGUGCUCCGCAUAGUGAAUAUAUGCAUUCCAUGAAACGCCCAUUAAUUGUUAGCACCGAACAACCGCAUUUUAAAAUCAUACCGGAAAAAACCGGCCUCAAGAUAUCGCCUCUAUAUCGCUUUGAUUUUGGCGACAAACGAAAACACAAGUUAACCAGUACGGCUAGACCACUGAUGUUUCCGCACUGAUGGUGCUGGACCUUUCCUUGGUAGGGUAUGCUUCUGUGGGGCUGCUUUUACUGGGGGGAGAAUGCACGGAAGGUUGGAAUUUUAUUGUUACGAUUUAUGCGGAACAAAAGCUUCAUCGAAAGAUGAACUUGUUGAGAACUUUUACAUUCUUCUGAUUUAGUGGUGAUUGUAACAAAGAAAAGUUGAAUGCUGCGCCGAAUUGGUGAGAAGUAUUAAGAGAAACAUAUACGAGUAUAUAUAAAUAUAUUGAUCAUUGCCAACAAAAGACGAUAAAGAUAUCGCUCUUGUUUCGUCUUCAUUUCGGUAUGACUUUCUUUUUCACAGAUCGCUUUUCAUUAAUGAACAUAUGUGUUUUAAAAGUUCUCGAAUUUGUAUUGUCAUUUACGUUUCUACUAAAUGUAAUACUUUUUAGUAUAUACGAUAUUCCAAAGGUCUUUUAAGCUGUAGAUGCAAAAGCUUUUGGCACGACAUUACGAACAAUUAUGAUUUAAUGCAUUUUGCAACACACUUAUCAAUAAUAUUGUUAGAUAUCAGUUCAAAUACAAUUUUAAAGGCUUAUUUUAAAUGUUAUCGUUUAUUUCAAAACUUUUUUAAAAUUCAUAAAUUUAACCGAAAUUAGGGAAGUAAUGUGUUUGGUAUUGGGACGGGGCUUGACCAGUUUCCCUGUGAUUUCCAAACAAAAAUAAUGUGUGGUGUGUUCAUAUUAUCAGAUUUUUAAUUGCAGGUCUGUCAAGCCAGAUGCCUUGGGUUCAAUCCCUGCCUGUGCCAUCUAGAGUUUUUUUUCUCACGGGUACUGCCUCUUACGAGGAAUUGACAAAUUUUCCAAGAGUAAUUCUUGUCAUUAAAAUUGCUUUCUCAAAUUACCCGUUCGGAAAUAGUAGGUUCCCUCUAUUCCUGACAACUUUACUCGCACAAAGAAACAGUUGGGGGUUGUAAGGCACUAGGUCCUACUUCUAAUAAUAAUACUGCAGAUAAUUGUGUACAAAAGUUGACUGACAAACAUAAGUCAAAGAAUAAAUUACUACUAAUUCGUACGAAUAGUUCCAAGGUUGGAGCCCUAAAUCAAAUCCUUAAUUAUUUUUCGCUGGUUAAAGUCAAAUUUUAAAUUCUGACAAUUUCAUAUAAUAGAGACUAAGCUUAACGCUCUUGGGGUAGAAGAAAUUCUUAAUAUCAAAUUGCGAUUUUCCACUAGCUUGGGCCCAGAUAGUUUAAGUGUUUGCUAACUGUCGUAGCGAAACUAACUUUAAAGGGGAAUUGAAGUAAGAAUUAUUUAGGUCCGAAGAAUAAUUACUGAUCACUAUUUCCAACACCAUCGAACGACAUAUAAACUUUGCAUAAAUAUUUCAUGCACGCCUAACUUGAAUUGCAGCUUAUGUGGGAAUAUAGGACAGCUCAAGUAAGUUAACACAAUCUUGAGGGUACGAAGUGCUCUGUUCUGAAUCCAUUAUAGUGUCUAUUGACAAAUACUCCUUCAAAUCUGCUGCUACUUCCUGCAAUAUGUAUGCAUAUACAGAUAUGGACAUUUAAAUGAAUACACUUAACGAAGUGUUUAGUCAGUAGUUAAUAUAAAAAUGGGAACAUAAAAAUUGAAACAAUAGUUCCAAAAAUCUGAAUUAUGUGUUUGACAAUUCUGCAUUUAAAAAAUAGUUUAAUGUUUCGUUGCUCCACCUCUGCCUUAAAUAAGAACUUGACAUCUGUUGGGCAUUGAGACAACUAAUCGGCGACAUUUGUCUAGAGAAAUAUGAGUUGAAUUAUCCUCCACAAUUCGGCUUUGUUUUUGGUGUAAUGUUUCCCAACCACCCUCUUUAAAACACCCUACAAACGCUCUAUUGGAUUUAAAUCAGGUGAUUAGGAUGGCCACUCAAUAACAUUGGUGUUUCAUCCUUGAAGUAGUUUUUCACAUGUGUGGAUAAAUGCUUGGGAUCAUUAUCCUGCUGAAGAACACAUAUGAGAGGCAUAUUCUCUUUAGCAUAAGGCAGCAUCGUGUUCUUCAUGAUGUUUACUUACAUAAUCUGAUCCAUUUUACCUUCUAUUAGAUGAAUUGAGCCUACGCCCGCCAUACUAUGAAACACAACCUCAAAGUAGUAUACUACCACCUCCACAUGCUUUACCGUCUUCUGGAUGUAUUGUGGAUUGAGUUCUUUCAAAGGUGGCCUUCUCACGGUUUGUUUAUCAUUUCCGUAGAAGUUGAUCUUUGUUUCGUCAGUCCACAAAGCAUUUCUCCACUUUUUGAAUCUUUCUUGGCCAGUCCAAUCAAUAUGGUCGUAAGCGAAUUUUAAGUUAGUUGCAAUGUUUUCCUUCCUUAGAAAAGGGAAUCUUCUUGCGAUCCUUCCAUGCAAAUUACCUUCGACAAGUCUUCUGUGAAUUGUUCUAUCUAAGAUAUUAAGCUGUAAGCUGUAGUUCAGCUCUGAUAUCUUUGGAAGAUUUGAUUGGAUCAUUUUUUGAAGCGCAGAUGAUUUUGCGAUCUCCUCUUGUGGUUGUUUUUCUUCGUUGGCCAAGCUGUUUUUGUUUACUCUUGCUGGCUCAAUUGGGUUUACAAUCAACUUGAGAGACCUAUUUGCGCUUGCAGUGAUUUCUCUCCUAGGGCAAAGCCAAAACGGCAGAGUUCUCUUCGGGGUUGUAAUGCUUUCCACGGCCAUCAUAUUAACUUUAAUUUAAUAUAUUCAAGUAAAAAAAUGUUCUUAGACACACUUACUGUCCAAUAAAUAGAACUGUUGAUGUUUUUAACAUCAACAAGAAUAAACACGCCUUCGAGCCAAACUGUUUCUAUUUUAAUGACCACAAAAAAACUCAUUUUAUGGAAGAAACAAGUAAUGAAUAACUAAAGGCCUUGUUAUUUUUCUUAAGAGAGUCCAGCCAUGUUAUUGACAGCAGGUAAAAAUUGUUCUCAUUCAUGCUGUUGUUUUUAUUUUAAUUUACUUUAAGAAAAUUCAACUGUGUCUAUUUUAAUGUCCAUAUCUGUAUUUUCAAAACAGCAAAGUUUCUUGGAUCGUAAUGUGUGUACAUGUUUUUCUCGGCAUAUCUCUUCCUAUGAGCUGUGGAGAGAUAUUUUACCGCGGUAAAAAGUAGCUUAAAACAUUUUCCAGCCUCGUAACUACGUCUUCACAAAAAAUGAUGGCUCCGUUUCAACGUUAAGGAUGCCAAAUAAACUAACUGACUUUCCCAUUAAAAAAAUAUAAGUACAGAUAAAACAUUAAUCUAUUUAUACUGAUUUCCAAUCCGACGACAAGCAUUCAACCGAAGUAAUUUCCAUUCGUUAUAGCAGCCAUUGUUAUAUUUUUCUUCGAGAAAUAAGAUUGGCGUAAAGAAACAUAAGAUAUGUUGGUUUGCUUAAAUAAAUUCUAUCAAUAGGUAAUAAAAGGCUAAAUUUUAGUAUAAAACAAAACCAAAAAGAAUAUCAUCAAGCACUUUCACUUAAGUCAUAUAUUAUGUAAUACACUAUUUAUUAUAAAUCAUUAUUUUUUAUUUAUUUUUUAAAUCUUUUAUCAUUUAUAAAAAAAAAUUUACUUAAACUUAAAUAUCAAAAGUGUUUUUUCUAUUAAUUCGUAUAAAAAAAAAAAACAAAAACAAAAUGAAAUAUUUAUAAAAUAUAACAUAAAGAUCUUUCGUAAUUUUUUAUCAAAACCCCUUUUCUAUUUUUUAUACCAAAUAAAUGAUACAAAAAGAAUUAAAUACAUCGUAUGAAAUAUAAUGCAAAAGUAUAUAUUAUAUAUAAUUAAAUUUUAUAAAAUUAAAAUUUUGUAAGAAAUUUUAUAUUUAAAAUUAAAAAUAAAAACUGUUAAAGCAUUUCAACUUAUUACUACUGCAUACCUACCUAUAUAAAAACUUAUUUCAAAAUGUAAAAUGUUUCCCGUUCAUUAAAAAAUAUAUACACAUAGUUCACAUACUAUUUUAAUCCGCUGAAAAAAAGUUAAAAUUUAUAAUGAAAACAAAAAAAUGUAAAGAAAAAACAAAACUGUACAACAUCACAAAGGGUGAUAAAAUUCAAGUACUGCUUUCAUAACAUAUAUAGUAUAUCCACGGGCCUUAUUUUAUUUUUAACUAAAAAAAAAUCUAAGAAUUUAUUUACUUAGCAAAGGAAGAACAAAAUGAAGAAAAACAAACAUUUUAAUAGAUGAAUAAAAUAUCUGAGAAAUAAAAUAUAGAUAAAUAAAAAUAAAAAUAUAAAUAAAAUACAUACGAGUAUAAUAUAAAAUGAUUGAAAAUAAAAUUUUAUGAACUUAUACAUUUUAGUAAAACCAAAUGAUGAAGAAGAAGCCUUUGAAUAACUAUUUAACACUAAACGACGAUAUGUAUAGAUAUACAUGAGAAUAUUUAUUUUGAAACAAAAACAAAAAUGAAAGAAUUAUAUAGAAAAAUUGAUAUUGAAAUGCAAGAGACCACUUUAUUCAAAAUACAUAUUUUGAUUUUAGAUAAUUUACAUACAACGCGAAAUAUUUGAAAUAAAAAUGAUAAGAUUUUGAAGAAUAUUAAAACUAAAAAUAUUUAAGUAGAAUGGCUGAAUGGGAGAGAGAGGUUCAGUAUAGUAAUAUAAAAGAACUGUUUGAAAUAUCAGUGAUUUGCGUUAUUUUAAUUUUUGAGCAAUACUUCAGUACAUUGAAUUAGUCAUUUAAAUAAAAGAAUAUGAUCUUAAUCCUACAGUUCAGAUUUUCAAAUGAUUUGCUUACGAUAUUGGCCUAGUUAAUAACCCUAAUUUGAAACUCCGAGCACCACGCAACAUUGCCAAAAGUCAGAGACAUAUGUAAAUUUUUCCAAAAAAAAUUAUAUUUCUUAACACAGGGUGAAGUAGAAAUAAGCUACGUAUUAUUUAACAAUAAAAACAAUAUUUACUAUUCCGAUAACAGUAAGUUUUAUAAAUCUCAAACAGAUGGCGACUUCAAUCAGUUUUUAUACAAACAAAUAUAGAACGUAACCUCGCUGCUUCCGUUUAAUUUUUGAUUUUGUUUUGAAUGUUGAUGCUUAAUUUGACUUUUAAAACCUGCAUAAAACAUUCAACUCCAGCAACGCAUGGCUGGUCCACUAGUUUAAAAUAAAAAAAUUUUAAAACAACUACUACAUCUACAUUAUUCUUAUACAAUGUUUUCUAAGGCUUUUGCUACGGCAAAUUUCUUGACUAAGCUUUGGAAUAAAAUAAAAACUCGAUUUAGUAUUUCUCGGUUUAUCUAAAGUUUGAAACUCCUUACAUCUAAUAAUAUCGGUAAAACUCGGUUACAAUUUUUUUUUUAGUUCGACUUACACGCAAGCAUUUUCGAGAAGUUAAAUCGAUAUUUUACUCGUACAGCAUGGAUUAGAAAAAAAACAAAUAUUGUAAAUGAGAGACUAUUUUGUCAACAAUAAAAUAUAACAAUUGGGUAAAAGGGAGAUUCAACUUACGGAACUUUCAUGACAAAUUUGUUAAUUGAGUGAAGAAUAUGCGAAAAAAUCGGGUCAUUAGAUUUCGAUCACACCAAAGAAAUGAAAAUAAAUUUGCAAGUAUUUAUAUUGUUAUGUUUUUUAGCUUUCAUUAAGUUUUUAAUAAUGUUUGCUAGCACCAGCCUAUCAAAAUAAUUUCAAAAAUUCUAUCUUUCAAGGACUUAUAAAGAGAUUUCAAGUUGUUACCACAAAUAAGCGCUUUCUUGUCAUCGUAUUGCUUCCCUCUCUCAUGUACCUUACGUGAAAGCUAGAACCACACAUUUUUAAGUAUGUUAAGGUGCGUGGAAUAUGGUGGCCAAGGUAGCAAGUGUACGAUUGGGUGCACAACAAGGGAUAUUACCUCUCGGGCUGUGUGUAUGGCAGCGUUUUCCUGCUGAAAAAUACAUGGAAUUGGUCCAAAAAGCUUGCUUAUACUGUGGAAUUUGGUUCCUGCGGGGGUUUGUAUGUUUUCCUAGUCAUUUGGUAUCUUGAACUACCAAGUCUAUAGCGCCAUACAGUAAAAUUAAACCCCAGACGCCUCCUUUUUUCCAUGGUGACGGUUUAAAAUCAGUACUCUUUCUUCAGGUCAUGAAAAUAAUAAUUAUAACCAUCUGGCCCAUCUAGUAGGUUAAAUUUAUUGUCGGGAAAAAAUAACUUUCCGGAAAUCAUUUGCGUUGCUUCUUCCCUGCGUCAUUAAGUGGUGUUUUUUUUCUAAAGCUUCAGGUGCCUUAACUGUUUAGCAUGGUGAAUCGUGCAUUUAACAGUGGAUAAGCUGGCCAUAACAUUAGCUUUCUCCCUAGUUUUAGCUGCCGAAAAAACUGAAUUUGUCUCUAUUGUAAGGAUACUUUGCAUUUCGCGAAGUCUUAACGCUAUUCUAAGGAUACUUUGCAUUUCGCGAAGUCUUAAAGAAGAGGAAGUUUUUUUUUUAUAAUUUUUCGAGUGUGACGAUGGUUUUUUAAAUAAUUCCUGACACAAUGAUCACUUUGAUUUUUUUCGGGCUAUAGAAAAGCCUUAAAUAUCUAUCCCAAAGAAAUAUCCCAAUUUUCCCUAGAGCGGAUAUUUAUUUUAAUAUUUGGUAUGGAUAUACCCACUUUUUUUCAAAAUAAAAAUUGAGUUUUUGUGGGUUUUGGGAUAUCUUCUAAGAUUGGUGUUUUUUUAAACAUACUAUCUUUUGUGAAUUCUAAUUUUUCAUUUCACUGUAUCAAAGUGAAUAGUUUUUAAAUGCACUCCGCUUUUGAAAAUACUUUUUCAUUUUUUCCAAAUAUCGAUGAGUAUUGUGUUGCAAACUACUCUCCUAACAUAUUAAGAAAAGAAUUUGAACAGCAUUAUUUAAAAUCAACCAAUAGCUUUUCUUUCGUCCACUUGCAAAGCUUUCUAUAAGGAAAGAUUGAAUAUUUUUUUGAGUCGACUGAAUAGGUACAAAAAUUUAAAUUGUUAUUGGAUGACAAAAAAUAACACGUUUAUGUUGAGUUUGCUUCUGUGUACUUCCACCUUUAUUCUUGGUCAUUUAGUAAAUUAGUCCCGAUGUGAAUCCUAGAGCCUCAUGAUAUAGUUACACGAUAUUUCGCUCAACGCUAACAUAAUUCCAAAAAUUAAGGACAAAGUCCUUAAACUGAUGACCGUCAUAAUAAUAUGUGGAUACUAACUAUUCCAAGUAUAUUUAAUAAUGUUAAGAUCAGAUGAGUACGGUAGUUGUUGAAGGAAGUCCAAAAUUUGUUCUUUCUUAGAUUCCCCUGUAUCAAUCUGCAGUAAUUUUUAAUGCAAUGACUUAACUUAAUUACUUAACUACUGACAGCUUUCAAUAAAACAACACCUUCUUCACAGUUGUUUUGACAAAAAAUUUUAAAACGUUUUUAUUUUCUUCUUCAAAACCGCCAAUAUUUCGAAAAACACAAUAAUUGCUGCAACUGAAAGUUAAAUUAAGUUAAGUGGUGGACGCACUGCACUUCAAUGAGCAUUCCCGUUGUGAUCUCAAGGACUUUUCGUUAAGAAAGAAACAAGUCUAAUGCAAUAAGUUUGGAGUAAUAGAUUUGAUGAAAAGGAAGUUUAACAAGCUUCCUUCCAUUCUUGCAGUUGAAGGCCCUAUAUUUUUAUCCUUUUAUAAGGUUUACCCCAUAUUCGUAUCCUUUUAUAAGGUUUUCAAAACCAUACAUUUUUUAGCAUUUUUUGAUUUAAUUAAUUUUAAUUUUUUUCAUUCUUAAGUAUUAGUGUAAGCUCAACUCAUUUUGGUUUUUAAGGCUAUAUAAUAAUUUUAACAAACAGUGAUUUUUUCAGAUUUGUAUUUAUUUAAAAUAAAUUUACGCGAAAUUAAGAAAAGCUUUCAGUAGCCUUCAUCAUCAAGCUAACCACUCUUUGUUUUUCUUACAAAAUUUUUAAUAGCAAUUAUUUUAAAUGAGUUUCUCUAAGUAAUGAAGCAAAUAUUCAUAUUUCAAACAGGGCUUUAAACAAAAAAAUAAGGUUAUGAUUCCAAAAUCUAAACUGAUAACGUAAUAUAGCUAAACAAAUGCAAAUUCUAUAGAUUUAUUGUUCUUACUAGGUAAAAUUGAAAAGAGAAAAAAGUGUGUCUUUAUAAGCUUAGGAAUAGAAUGCAUAUCUAUAAUUAAAAAAAAAUAUAAAAACAAAAAAACUUAUUUUGAAUUCCAUACAAAAACAAAAAAAUAACUAAGAAUAUAAUAAAUUGUUAAAAAUAGGUAAAUUUAAAAAUUAAUGAAUUAUGUUCAAAAACAUAAACAUAACAUGCCCAAAUCUUAUGAAACAAAAAUUAACAGAUUUUAACAAAAUUGCUGCAAAGUAUAUUUGUAAAGAAAUGAAUUAGUGUUAAUUACCUAUCUAUAUAAGAUAAGAAAAUUAAUUAGAACACCAAACAAUAAAACAAAAACCACUAAAUUGUUACCACAAUCAUUCACGCAUUUCAAAAAUAGAAAAAGAAAAUUAUUUCUAUUAAAAAAGAUAAACAAAAUUUAAAUUGCAACAAAUACCUGUUCACCAUAAUUAUAGCUACCUACUCUUUUGGAAUGACUGUUAAACAUUUUUUGUAAAAUGAAUAUCGAUUUGCUGAAAUCAUUUAUUGUUUAAGGAUUGAAGGCUGGUCAACAGCAGCAGUUAGUACGACCCUAAAAUAGAAAAUUAAUUUUAUUCAUAGUAUAUUUAAUAAACGUACAAAAACACAAGAAAACUGAAAAAAAAAAAGAAAACUGUGACUUAUUAACAAAUGUUUUAAACAUUUUUCAUGCACAGCACGCAAAACAAUUAUUAAUGAGUUUAAUUGUUUGCUUUUUUUCAAACAUACACUUUAUUUAUAGAAUUGAUAAAUUUUGCUUUGUGUUUUAUAAAUUUAAAUGUUAUCUAUUGACUUGUUAAGUUUUCUCUUUGUUAAAAAAAAUAUAUAUAAAAACCAUAACUAUACGAACGAUUAUGUAAACAAAAUAACGAAAAUACAUCUAUAAGAAAUCGUGUAUAUAGCAUUUAUUUAAAAAAGUUUUGUAUGUGUUUGUGUAUAAUUAUUAACAAAUAUAAAAACUAUGCAUCUUAUUAUUAUUAAGUUAAAACAUUUUAGUCUCUUGAAAAAGUUCAUAAAUGCUUAUUCCUAUUGAUCUUUUACUUUGUGAAAAAAGAAAGACUCAUACGAUUUCAACUCACAUAUGAAACACAACACGCAAAACAUUAAAACAAAAGCAACAAAAUUAAUAGUAAAUAAUAUGUCAGAAUAUAAGAAUCUAAUAACAAUAAUUCAAAACAAAAUCAUUAUUUGUUUAAGUGCUAAAUAAAUGUAAUAAAUGGAAUGAAAGAAAAAUUAUCAAAAAUA